AGACUGGGGCUACAUAGGAAGUGCAAAGGAGAAAGAAGAGGAAGUAAAGGGGCGCCAAACAAAGGGAGCAACAUCAAAGGGAGGCACAAUGAGAGCUAGUGCUUCAACCAUUUACUUCAUCUCACUUCUUUUAUCAUUGCUUCUUAGUCCCACUUUUGCUAUCAAAAAGUCUUAUGUGGUGUACUUGGGAGCUCAUUCUCACAGACCAGAAGUCUCAUCCAUCGACUAUGAUAGAGUAACAGAUUACCAUUAUUCGUUUCUUGGGUCAUUUUUGGGGAGUAAAGAGAAGGCGCAAGAGGCAAUUUUCUACUCCUACACGAGACAUAUUAAUGGUUUUGCUGCAAUACUUGAUGAUGCAGAAGCUGCUGAGAUAUCUAAACAUCCAGAAGUUAUAUCAGUGUUCCUGAAUAAAGGAAAGAAAUUACACACCACCAGGUCGUGGGAAUUUCUGGGGCUUGAGCAUGAUGGCAAAAUUCAUCCCAGUUCACUAUGGAAGAGGGCAAGAUUUGGUGAAGGCACCAUUAUUGGCAAUCUUGACACUGGUGUAUGGCCAGAAUCAAAGAGCUUCAGUGAUGAUGGGUAUGGUCCGAUUCCAGUGAAGUGGAAAGGAACUUGUCAAAAUGGAGAAGAUGAAACAUUUCACUGCAAUAGGAAACUCAUUGGGGCAAGAUACUUCAACAAAGGAUAUGCUAGUGCUGUAGGAAAGCUCAAUUCCACUUUCAACUCACCACGAGAUGGAGAAGGCCAUGGAUCCCAUACCUUAUCAACAGCUGGUGGCAAUUUUGUAGUUGGAGCAAAUGUAUUUGGAUACGGAAAUGGAACAGCAAAAGGUGGAUCACCAAGAGCUCGAGUCGCAGCUUACAAGGUCUGCUGGCCUCCAGUGUCAAAUAAUGAGUGCUUUGAUGCAGAUAUUUUGGCUGGCAUUGAUAUGGCUAUCCACGAUGGUGUUGAUGUGAUUUCAGUAUCACUUGGAGGAGACCCUGUUCCCUAUUUCAAUGACAGCAUUGCAAUUGGCUCCUUUCAUGCUGUUAAGCAUGGUAUUGUAGUGAUCUGCUCAGCUGGCAAUUCUGGACCUACUCCUGCCUCUGUUUCCAAUGUUGCACCCUGGCAGAUCACAGUUGCCGCAAGCACCAUGGAUCGACACUUUCCGAGUUACGUUGUUCUUGGCAACAAUAUGCGCUUCAGUGGAGAAAGCCUUUCACAAGAAGCAUUGCCAGAUAAGAAGUUCUUUCCAAUUGUUGCUGCCAAAUCUGUUAAAGCUGCUUAUGCAUCAGAUAAAGACGCUGAGCUUUGUAAGGCUGGAACACUAGAUCAUAGUAAAGCAAAGGGGAAGAUCUUGGUCUGCCUGCGGGGAGAUAAUGCAAGGGUUGACAAGGGCCAGCAGGCUGCUGCAGUUGGUGCCGUGGGAAUGGUUCUCACCAAUGAUAAACUUUCUGGGAAUGAAAUUAUUGCCGAUCCUCAUGUUCUUCCUGCAUCACAUAUCAAUUACACUGAUGGACUUGCUGUAUUCUCUUACAUCUAUUCUUCAAGAUCUCCAAAGGCUUACAUUACACAUCCAACAACUGAAUUAGGCACGAAGCCUGCCCCAUUUAUGGCAGCAUUUUCAUCCAAGGGACCUAACACUCUUACGCCAGAGCUUCUCAAGCCUGAUAUCACGGCACCAGGAGUCAGUGUGAUUGCUGCUUUCACCGAAGCACAAGGGCCAACAAGUGAAGGUUUUGAUAAGCGUCGAGUUCUCUUUAAUUCAGAGUCAGGCACCUCAAUGUCAUGUCCUCAUGUUUCUGGCAUUGUUGGCCUCCUAAAAACUCUUCAUCCAGAUUGGAGUCCUGCCGCAAUCCAGUCUGCAAUCACGACAAGUGCAAGAUCAAGGGAUAAUGCUUUUGAGCCAAUAAUAAAUGCAUCUUAUGUCAAGGCUUCACCAUUCAGCUAUGGAGCAGGACAUAUUUGGCCAAACCGUGCAGCGGAUCCUGGACUGGUUUAUGAUCGAACAGCCAAUGAUUACCUGACUUUUCUAUGUUCACUAGGCUACAACGAAAGCCAGAUUGCAUUGUUCACCCAAGCCCCCAAGAAAUGCCCCAAGCCAAUUAGUCUACUAGAUUUGAAUUACCCCUCAAUCACAGUUCCAAAACUUCGUGGUUCAAUCACAGUGACUAGAACUCUGAAGAAUGUAGGUGCUCCGGCAACUUACACUGCCAAAAUUGUCAGCCCUCCUGGAGUUUCGGUCGAUAUUCAACCAAAAUCACUUACAUUUGCAAGAAUUGGUGAAGAGAAAAGCUUCAAACUUACCCUGCAGUUAAAGAAACCAGGUGCAGCCAGAGAUUAUGUGUUUGGGAGGUUGGCAUGGUCUGAUGGGAAACACUUUGUAAGAAGUCCCAUAGUAGUUAAGGCAUCAUACUAAAGAUUUUCUCAAAUUCUUAAGAUACUCUUAUUCAUUUAGCCUACAUUUGAUUGAUCCGCCACUUUCGAACAGUUUUUUUCUUUAAAAUCAAAGAGAGAUAGAAUUAGAUGAUCGUUUCUGACCCUUGAUUUUUUUGCUAUUUCUUGCUUGAGGCAUAUGUGUAAGGACUUUGAUUUCAUUCAAUUGUUAAUAAUGUCAUGGUGAUUUGCAAUUUUACGAGGA